AUCAGGGAUUCGUUUGCCAAGGCCUUUAUGAAAAACCUAACAGUAGUGCUUGUCUGGUUCGUCCUCAGCUACAUUAAUGUGAGUGUCGUGGUCACGUUCUUCAAAAACCAGGUUUUUUAUGAGGACGCACGCUACAUCCUCUUCAUCCACAUGGUCAUAAACGAUGCCAUUCAGCUGACCGUCACCAUCAUGCUGUUUGUGCUCAGCUAUAUCUUCUACUUUAUCAAUGUGUCUUUCUGCUGCUUCUUCAUCCUGGUAGCCAUUUUCACCACCAGGAACUCACCCCUCAUCUUAGCCUGCAUGGCCAUUGAGCGCUACAUCGCCGUGUGCAACCCGCUGCGACACACUCAGAUCUGCACCGUGCGGCGCACCUACGUCCUUAUUGGCCUCACUUGGUUCCUGUGCGUGGUCACGGAAACCAGCGACCUCUUCGUCACCCUAGCGUCAGAGUCCAUAAGCUUCUUCCACACCUCGGUCUUCUGUCUCAGGAAGAAUGUGUUCGGAGCUCCGAACCUGGCCGUUAAAAUGAAGGCUCUGGAUGGCUUGUAUUUUUUGGUGGUGUUUCUCACCCUGGUGUACACCUACCUGCGGGUGAUGUUGGCGGCCCGAGCCCUGUCCACAGAGAGCAGCUCCGCCCAGCGGGCCAGAAACACCAUCUUCCUACAUGGGAUUCAGCUCCUCAUGUGCGUGCUCUCCUAUAUCUACCCCAGCAUUGAGGCUGUGCUCAGCACCCUCUUCCCUGCACAGAUCUUAGAUAUCCGUUACUCCACCUACCUCAUUGUCUACAUCCUCCCUCGCUUCCUCAGCCCCAUCAUCUAUGGAGUCAGAGACGCCAGAUUCCGCAAGUACCUGAAAAGAUAUUUCCUCUGCAGCUUGUAUAAGGUUAAACCAACAAGUGAGAGAGCAAUGGAACACUAG